AUGAGACAAUUAGACGCAUACCUUCUUGAGUAUUGUCCUUUUCCAAGCAAUCUCGUCGCAAUGUCCUGCCCUCAAAAGCACAGACACGCUUCAGAAAAGGGUGCGAGCUCCAGGCCGGGCCGCAGUAUCUCUGCCUCGGCGGCCGCAGUAGAGGAACCCUCCGCUGCAGCAGGCGAGCAGGAUGCGCAAAGCCAGCCUGUUGCUGGGGGCCAAGUCAGCGGCAGCUUGACGGAGGAAAACCUGCGUCAGCUGUCCAACACUGAGGUGUUCCGAGAGCUGCCGGCCAACGUCCUCUCCCAACCGGUAGCUCUGAGCGAGAUCGGUGUAGGAAAUGAGAGCUCGGGACGACAAGACGAAAAUUCUAGCGUGGGAAGCUCCAGCAUUUCCUGGGCAAUCGACCACUUCUGGGACGACCGGCACAAUGCACCCUUUGGAGCACGCCCACUACAUGAGAAUGCGAGCGCAUUUUACACGGCCCGGGCCAAGUUCAUCAUUAGGGACGCCAAUCAGUCUCUUCGACGGCGUAGCUGA